AGGAAUUAAAGUGCUAACAUUGCUGAGCAUGACAGGCCUCAAGCCCGAUAUCGAUAUCGCCAUAGAUCGCGGUGGUACAUUUUGCGACGUUAUUGCACGAAUCGAUGGUCAGAAGGACAUAAUCUUCAAACUGCUCUCUGUUGAUCCUCAGAACUACCACGAUGCACCAACCGAAGCCAUUCGACGCAUCUUGGAGGUUGCCGAAUCCCGUGCAAUCACUCGUGGGGAACUGCUAGAUGCUUCUCGCAUUGCUUCUUGCCGUAUUGGUACAACCAUUGCUACCAACGCCCUGCUGGAACAAAAAGGCGAGAAAUUUGCUUUAGCAACUACUAAAGGCUUUCGUGAUGUUUGUGUCAUCGGUGAUCAGACUCGCCCGAAGCUCUUUGCGCUUGAUGUCAGAAAAGCAGAAGCUCUGCACCAUGAGGUUAUUGAGAUAGACGAAAGAGCCACUGUGGAAGACUACGAUCUCGAUCCAUUUCCAACGGACAAAGCAGCCGAGCUUACUGACCCGGCACUCAUCCGCACGGCUAGCGGCGAGAUCAUUCGUAUUAUCAAGCCUGUGGACGUCAAUAGGACUCGGGAACAACUUCAUACUCUACGGAAGCAAGGCUAUUCAUCCUUGGCGAUAUGCUUUAUGCACUCCUAUCUCUUUCCGGAUCAUGAAAGAAUCGUCGCCGACUUGGCUAGAGAGGAGCAGUUCAAGUACGUGACAACCUCUGCAGACACAGCCCCGACUAUCAAGUAUCUGCGCAGGAGUACCUCCGUAUGCUCAGAAGCCUACCUGUAUCCUAUUAUACAGGCGUACGUACAGGACUUUCAGUCGGGAUUCAAAGUCCCUCCUCGACGCGUAGACUUCAUGUGCUCCGAUGGCGGUUUGAGGCAGGCAGAAAAGUAUAGAGGCAAUGAGGCACUUCUUAGCGGCCCUGCAGGCGGAAUUGUCGGCAUUGUUCAAACUUGCUACGAUGAGGAAGAGGGAACACCUGUGAUUGGGUUUGACAUGGGUGGAACCAGCACCGAUAUCUCAAGAUACGACGGCAGGUACGAUUAUCUUGAUGAAACAACACUUGCAGGCAGAGUCGUCAGUGCUCAUAUGCUUAAUAUUGUAACUGUUGCCGCUGGGGGUGGGUCCAUUCUGUCAACACGCAAUGGCUUACUUGUUGUUGGACCAGAGAGUGCUGGCGCUCAUCCUGGUCCAGCGUGCUACAGAAAAGGAGGUCCGUUAACUGUGACGGACGCGAAUCUUUUCCUUGGUCGGCUCGUUCCGUCGUCUUUCCCGGCAAUCUUUGGAGAGAACGCGGACCAACCCUUGGAUACCGAGAUUGUAAAGAAAAUAUUUGAGAAUCUCACCAAUGGCAUGAACAAGCAGGCGUCGAAACAAUAUACACCCGAGGAACUCGCGCUGGGUUUUAUACAAGUCGCCAACACAACCAUGAGCCGUCCCAUUAGAAAUGCAACAGAAGCUCGAGGGUUUGCUCCCGACAAACAUAACCUGGCCAGCUUUGGCGGUGCCGGCGGCCAGCAUGCCUGUGCAAUUGCGGAUAACUUAGGUAUAAAGCAGGUUCUCAUUCAUAAACACUCAUCCCUGCUUUCUGCCUAUGGUAUCGCCCACGCUCGCUUGCAGUACGAGCUCUCAGAGCCUUUCGUCGGCAACUAUAGCAGAGCCAUCAUUCACACCAUCAAUGUAGUGGUUGAUAGACUGAAGGCCAAAGUACGUAGUGAGCUUCUGGCACAAGGCGCCUUUGAUGCUUCAAUCACAUUUGACGAAUCCUUGAGUCUUCGGUACUUUGGGACGGACACGAAUAUCUCAAUUUCCAAGCCAGAAGAUGAAGACUAUGCAAAAGCUUUUGAAGUUACGCAUCUUAGGGAGUUUGCUUUCAAAAUGUCGCGCCAAGUUGUUGUAGACGCAGUUUCGGUCCGAGGAACAGGCAGUUCUGGCAUCCCAGCUGCAAAGGAGGCCCCUUUUUCAGAACUGAAGCACAGCCAGUCAUCAAUUGCCGUUUCAGGAAACGUUGCCCGGCAAAAAUCUUUCAUUAACGGUUCUUGGGUUGAUAUUCCAAUAUACCAGCUUGAAGGUACCCUCGAAUGCCGGUUCCUUGAGGGUCCCGCCUUGAUAAUAGACAAUACCCAGACUAUAUUUGUCGAACCAGGGUUCCGCGCUCAUCUCCUCUCGAACCAUGUUGUCCUCACGAAAUCGGAUUCAAACCAGAUGGUACAGCCAUUGCCCGCUAACCACAUCGAUCCCAUUCAGCUCUCUGUCUUUGCUCACCGCUUCAUGGGCAUUGCAGAGCAAAUGGGGAAUACAUUACAGCGUACGUCAAUUUCGACAAGUAUAAGAGAGCGACUCGACUUCUCCUGCGCCAUUUUUGCACCCGACGGCAAGCUGGUAGCCAAUGCGCCUCACAUUCCCAUUCACCUUGGCAGCAUGCAAUUUGCGAUCCGGUAUCAGCAUGAACUCUGGCAUGGAAAGCUCGAACGUGGCGAUGUCCUGUUAACGAAUCAUCCGGAAGCUGGUGGAACACACCUGCCAGAUCUUACAGGGGUGACACCCGUAUUUGCCGAAGACGGACAGCUUGCAUUCUACGUCGCUUCGCGUGGGCAUCAUUCUGACAUUGGUGGAAAAGGCAUCACUGCGAUGAUGCCGGAUUCCAAAGAACUAUGGGAAGAAGGCUUAAGUGUCAAGUCGAUGAAGAUCGUGAGCCAAGGAGAGUUCCUCGAAAACGACGUGCGUGCGGCAUUCGAGCACGCCGGCAGCUUUCCCGGCUGCAGUCCGACCCGGAGGAUACAAGACAACAUCUCAGAUCUGAAAGCGAUGAUAUCCGCAAACCAACGCGGGAUGCUACUCUUAUCAAACCUGUGCAACGAGUUUACCCUACCCGUGGUACAUCAAUACAUGGGCGGUAUCCAGACGAACGCGGAGGCUGCGGUGCGCAAGUUUCUUAUUGAAGUAGCAAGAGAGCACCCGGAGCCUCUAAGAGCGGUGGACUGGUUCGACGAUGGCACACCAAUCGCAGUCACUAUUACCAUCAAUCCCGAAACAGGUGACGCCGUGUACGACUUCACUGGAACAGGGACGCAGAUUUGGGGCAAUUAUAAUUGCCCAAUCUCUGUAACACACUCCUCUGUCAUCUACACACUUCGCUGCCUAAUCGAUUUGGACAUUCCUUUGAACGAGGGCUGCCUUGCCCCGGUCGAUAUACAAAUUCCGAAAGGAUCUAUCCUCAGGCCAAAUUCCAACGCCGCUAUCUGCGGGAGCACUCUCGCCAGCCAACGAAUCAUCGAUGUUAUUUUGAGAGCUUACGGCCGUGUUGCUGCUUCCCAGGGCUGCGCCAACAGUUUUGGAUGGGGCAUGGGCGGCAGGGAUCUUGCUACUGGCAAGAUAACCCCUGGUUGGAAUUACGGCGAAAGUCUGGGCGGCGGUACCGGGGCAGGCCCAAAUUGGCAUGGAGAGCAUGUCACGCAGUGCCACUCCACGAAUACCAAGAACACCGACCCAGAAGUUAUUGAAAAACGCACACCGGUGGUCGUGCGACAGUACGCUAUUAACCGCGGCUCUGGUGGACGGGGGAGGUUUAAUGGAGGCGAUGGCUGUGUGCGCGAGAUAGAGGCGAGGAGGGAGUUGAAGUUCAGUAUCCUCAGCGACCGACGAGUCUACAAGCCGUAUGGUUUGUGCGGUGGUGGAGAUGGACGUUCAGGGGAGAAUUACGUCUUCAAAUGGAACGAAGACCACACAGACCUGGAUAAAAUCAAUAUCGGUGGGAAAGCUGCGCUGAUCCUGCAGGCUGGCGAAGUAAUGCAGAUAAACACUCCUGGAGGCGGAGGGUGGGGGUUGCCAAACACCUUAUAGGAACU